UCAUUUCAUUUUAUAGAGUAAAAGCGGACACCUAUGUGAAAAGUUUGAAUUAAUUUUGUUUACUAGAGCAUGUAAAGAAUAUUAUAAGUUAGCUUAAAAAACUAUUCGCUUAGUUAAAUACCGAUCUUUGUUUUUAGGUGUUAGUGUUCCAUUGACGCAACAUAAAUAUCAAUACGAAGUUUUCGUAAAUGAUAUUAAUUACUGCUUAAAGGAACUAGUUACUAGAUUUCUGGAGAUACAGGCAUAGACAUCACAUAAAAUGCUAGUUUUCUGAUAAACGAUUAGUAAAUAAAUAAAUUAACAAAUAAAUUAGGAAAUCUUUCGAAAUUGCUUCAAUAUGGGCAAAUUAGCAAUCUCAGCAGCUAUUGGUGUUGCUAGUACAUGCGUAUUUAUAGCUGGAUAUUUAUUUGCGGGUGUGUUCGGUGCUGUUGUAGCCUUGUUUGUGUUGUUUCUGUACCCGGAGAAAAGUGUUCAAGUGGAUGUUACAAAUAAAGCUGUAUUUAUAACAGGUUGUGACAGUGGAUUUGGAAACCAGAUUGCUCGUAGAUUGGACAAGAAGGGGUUCACAGUUUUUGCUGGUUGCCUUUUACCCGAUCGUGAAGGAGCAAAACAACUAAAGGCCGAAUGCUCGGACAGGUUACAUAUCAUACAUGUUGAUGUGACAGAUGAUUGGUUAGUUCGUGGAGCCGUCAAGUAUGUCAAAGAAAAUCUGGGAAAAAACGAACUGUGGGCGGUGGUUAACAAUGCCGGAAUUGCAAUUUUCACGGAGAUCGAAUGGUGUUCAGUUAUUCAGUUUCAGCGAAUAUUUGACGUCAACGUUCUUGGCGUUGUCAGGGUUACAAAAGCAUUCCUGCCAUUGAUUAGACAAGCAAAUGGUCGCAUCGUAAAUGUUGCAAGUCUCGCAGGACGAUUCACCAUGCCAGCGUUUGCAGCAUACUCCAUGUCAAAGAGAGCUUGCAUUGCUUUUUCAGACGCUUUGAGGAUUGAGAUGAAAAAAUUCAAUGUAAAGGUUGUGACCAUAGAACCAGCGUUAUACAAAACCCCUAUAUCUGAAACGGGAUAUCUGGAAGCACAGAACCGGAAGUCGUGGAGCGAAACUCCAACAGAAGUGAAAGAGGCCUAUGGUGAUGAAUACUUCGAUGCUUUCCUGGAAAAUAUUGGUACACAAAUGAAACGCGCGAAAUCUAACAUUAACGAAGUUAUAGAUCUCAUGGAAAACGCUGUCACGGAUGUUACGCCGAAAAUACGCUACGUCCCAUCCAGUUCAAUUAUAAGGGCAACUAUUUUAACAUAUCUCCCAUCUAAGGUGACGGACAAAUUGUUCCAAAUCUACACACCAAAGGUUCCACCCAGACACAGCACGAGCAGCGGUGGCAGCGUCUCGGACAAUGACGUCACACAUUAAACAAUUACGUCACACGUCGGGUCUACCUACUUUCGUUUGACAAGUAACGUUAAUGAGGGUUGAAUAUGAAUUCGUUUUAAAGAUGCAAUUUUAAGUUCGUGGUAUGGUUGAGUUUGGAAGAUAUUUUGAAUCCAGUUCGAGGCAAGACAAUCGUGUGGGAGAGGGACUAAAAUAGUUUCUGUUGUUAUGUAGCGGUGUCAGUGUUUGUGUAACAGGGUCUCAGAAUGUGCAAAUUCAUUACACUUUUGUUACGGGUUAAACAUUACCACAGUCAUUAGGUAAAUUCAAUCAUUGGUCAACGGUUUUUAUCCAGCCCCAUUACAUAUUAAAUAUAUUGUAAUAAUAUACCCGGUUUCGUUUCGUAAUGACCGUGUUGUCACUCCUUUUUUUUUUUUUCACGAAAACACAUCUGCUCUCUAUCUAAUUCUGACAUUUAGGUUCAUUUCAUUUAUUCGUUGUUAAAUGUGUAUAAUUAUGUGUUUAUAUCUUAAAUUUACGAAUAAACUAAAUACGGUGCUUGAGAACGAAAAAGAAACAGUUUUGAUAAAGAAAAAAAUGAAAGGAAGCGUAGCUAAAAAAUCUUUAAGAAUUUAUUAAUACAGAGAAAACUUUAUUGUAAUAGUCGUGUUUUUGAUCUAAUUCUAUCAAAACUUGUUUGAAUUUCAAUAUUGUUAACACUUCGUUAUUAUUAAAAUGCUCUUUUUGUGAGUUAUGUUUCCAUGACAACAAAUAUCUUUUGACUGUUAUAUAUGAUGACCUUUCUCUGUUGUACAAAAAGUGUCCUUAUUCAAUUUCAAUUGGAACCAUUCGCAUGUAUUUUCCUGACAGAAAUAUAUAUAGGUUUACUUUGUUAUGACAAAAAUUAUAUAUUUUACUUGCAAUGACGUGGAUUAUAAAUAUACAUUUUGAAUAUUUUAAAAAUUGGUUUCAAUAUAAGAAACUUAAACCGGACACCUUAUGGUAUAUAAGGUCAAGUCAUACGGCAUUUAGGUGCAGACUAGAAUGAUUCUAUUAUUGUGACAAGGUCAUGCCUUAAAGGAUUAAUUUACACAAAGAUCAGCUUUGGAAGAGAGAAAUGAAAAAGAUUAUUAAGAAAUAUGUCCAGAAUUAAAUUUAAAAUUUGCGCUUUCCGAGACCGAUUUUUGUAAGAAAACGAUGAAACGCUUUUCAAUUUUGUAUCAUCAUUAUUAACAAUUAGUAUAAUUAUUAUAGUUAUUGGUCAAGAACUACAUCAAACAUAACAUUUAUCUCGAAAAAUUAUUUCUGGUCCCGCCGUGUAAAAAAACAAAACAAAGUGGAGUCCCUUUAAUAUAGAUAUCAAUACUGUUGCAAAAAAGCGCCUUGUGCGUAUGACAGGAUUGACCUUGACCAUAUAUUUUCAGACAGGAUUUUAACUGGAUGUAAGUCUAACGAAACGACAAUUUAUUUUUCAUAACUCUUUAAAAAGACUCUUGCUCACACAUCAUCCUUUCCGCUACCUUUUUCCUAUGGGUCAGUCCGUUAUUUUUGUAUUUUUCUUUUCAUGCAUAAUGUUGUUUUCCAAUCAUUCUUAUUCUUUGCAUUUUUUUUUGAUUAUAUUUAGCCUACAAUAAUGUAUAUAUAAAAUUCACAUUUAUAAAUUAAUAAACUUUUUUCUAUGUAUAUAUUGUUUAA